UAAAUCUAACAUGCGAAAUGACAGUAUCGGUUAAGAGAGAGAAGUGACUAGCGCUGUCUUUCUCGACUGAGACGGCAGGCUAACGUUAGCUAGCUAUGUUGUCAAUCCUAGAAACUUGGAUACAACAGGUCUCAUUGUUUUGAUUCCGCCUGGAGUGAGACAUUUGAACAACCACCAUUAAGCCUAAUGCUACAGCCGCAACAUUAGCAGAUAUUACAUACUUCCUAAGGAUGGCUAGCUGCGGUGAGGUUGACCACUCUGUGAGCUCGCUCCCAUCCAGUAAGAAGGGGAGUGGUGAUUCUGCCUGCUCUGGUUCCAGUGGCUCAUCACCUGCCCUGGCUGUCCCAGAGUGUGCCAUCUGCCUGCAGAGCUGUGUCCACCCUGUCCAGCUACCCUGCCGCCACGUCUUCUGUUUCCUGUGUGUGAAAGGGGCGUCCUGGCAGAGCAAGCGCUGUGCUCUCUGUAGACAGGAGGUUCCCGAGGACUUCCUGGAGCACCCCACUCUGCUGUCCCCCGAAGAGCUGAAGACCGGAGGGCGGGCUGCCGCAGGGGACAACGCCUGGUACUAUGAGGGGAGAAACGGCUGGUGGCAGUAUGACGAGAGGACCAGCCGUGAGCUGGAAGAUGCUUUCUCCAAGGGCAAGAAGACAGCUGAGAUGCUGAUAGCCGGGUUCCUGUACGUGGCCGACCUGGAGAACAUGGUGCAGUACCGGCGCAAUGAGCACGGCCGCCGCCGCAAGAUAAAACGGGACAUUGUGGACAUUCCCAAGAAAGGGGUGGCGGGCCUCCGUCUGGACACCGAGGGCGGCACGCAGGGGUCCGCUGCGGCAGGGAGAGGGAACUCUGCAGACGGGGCUGAUACUUCAGCAGCCUCACUGCAGCAGGCUGCAGCAGCUCCAGCUGCUUUCACAGUCCUGUCUGCUCCUGCCAGGCCUCCCACCUCUCUGGGGGGCCAGCCUGGCAGCCCCACCAGCCCCUCCCUGGAAGACACCCUGGCCCUGCUCCACAUCAGCCCCACAGAUGCGCCGGAGAGGGCUGAGGUCGGGGAGGGAGAGGAGGGGGAAGAGGAGGCCACGGCCACACCCUCCAUGUCAUCUGGUCCUAACACCUCUGUGGAUGGGUCUGGGGACUGGAGCGACGAUGAGGAGGAGGAAGGGGAUGGGGAAGCAGUGGAGCCCCGGGAGCAGAGACUGCGUUUGGGGGAGAGCCCAGAGGACAGGUCCCCCCCUGGGGCUGAGGCCUCCAGCAUCAGUGUGAGGUCGCGAAGGCCUGACGGCCAGUGUACUGAAGUGUGAGCUCCACUCAUGAACCUCUGCACUGUAGCUAACAUUCUUAGCUCACAUAGGACUCUGAAACAGAUUAAAACCAACCCCUGCAUACAACUGUCUCGAGGCAAGGAGACACUCCCAUUAUAUUAGACUUUAAAGAUGAAAAUUACCCCCUGAAAAUUAGUUAUAGUCAAAAUUUACUGGUGGGCCUUAGGAGCAGUCUUUCCCCAUACAACUUGUUAGUUGAGCGUUGAAUUGUUGUUUCGUGUAAGUUGUUGGGAUGUUUGAACGUCCUCAUGCCUGCAGACAGUAUGUGAUGCAGCCGUGUUGAAAGAUGGAGACUUAUUAUUUUCAGAGACAUGCAUUUAACUGAAUCAGGUAGCAGCCUCUUAUCAGCUAAUCAACAGUUGUUUUGAUCAGAUCAGUGGUUGUGUUUUCCUCUCUCUGCAGCAGCUUGGUGUGUUGAGUUCUAGGCUGCUCCAAAGUGAUUAACACCAUGCUCCAUGACCUCUGAUCAAAAAGCUCAGUAGACACCAUUUUCAUUUGUGUUUCAAAAGCGAAGCAUGUUCAGUUGCUGAUUUAUUAAUCUGAAAUGCUAGUCUGUUUCAUAACGUGUGCAUGUGUUUUAAGAGAGGGGUUAGAUUCUUAACCUCUCUUGGGCACGUGAGACGGUAGCGUCACACCUCUUCAACAGCCAGUGAAACUGCUGGGCGCCAAAUUCAAAUACAGAAAUACUCAUUAUAAAAAUUCAGAAAACAAAACAUAUUUUACAUAGGUUUAAAGAUGAACUUCUUGUGAAUCCAACCACGGUGUCAGAUUUUUAAAAUGCUUUACGGCGAAAGCAUACCUUACGAUUAUUUGAGAACAUAGCCCACUAGACAAAUCAUUACAAACAGUAGCUAGCCAAGUAGAACAGUUACACAUGUCAGAAAUAGAGAUAAAAUGAAUCCCUUACCUUUGAUGAUCUUCAUAUGGUUGCACUCAGCAAACAUUCAUUUACUCAAUAAAUGUUCCUUUUGUUUGAUAAAGUCUCUUUAUAUCCAAAAACCUCCGUUUUGUUUGUGCGUUUUCUUCAGUAAUCCACAGGCUCAAACGCAGUCAAAACAGGAAGACAAAAAAAUCCAAAUUGUAUCCGUAAAGUUCAUAGAAACAUGUCAAACGAUGUUUAUAUUCAAACCUAUAUUCAAACCUCGAUAAUAUUUCAACCGGACAAUAACGUCGUCAAUUUAAAAGGUAAACAAGAAACGCAGUCUCUCGGUUUCUUGUUGACACUUUAGGGUCCACUCAUUCAGACUGCUCUUACUUCUUCAUUUUUCAGAAUACAAGUCUGAACUAUUUCUAAAGACUGUUGACAUCUAGUGGAAGGCAUAGAAACUGCAAUUUGAGUCCUAAGUCAAUGGAUACUGUAAUGGCAUUGAAUAGAAAACUACAAAAUCAACAACAAAUCCAUUCAGGAAGUAUUUUCUUUUCUCAGGUUUUCGCCUGCCAAAUCAGUUAUGUUAUACUCACAGACACUAUUUUAACAGUUUUGGAAACUUUAGAGUGUUUUCUAUCCAAAUCUACCAGUUAUAUGCAUAUCAUAUCUUCUGGGCCCGAGAAGCAGGCAGUUUAAUUUGGGCAUGCAUUUCAUCCAAAAUUCCAAAUGCUGCCCCCUACCCUAGUGAAGUUAAACACUACUGGUGAAGAGGAGGACUGAUGUUUUUGAUUUUAGUUUAACUGUUUGUUUUUUCUUUGUUUUCCUAUGGUUGUAAAUUCUAUUGUGUGAUUACUAAGACGGUAAGAGAAGAGCAACGGUUGAUAGGUGGCUUGCUGGCUGUCUCCUGCAAAACAUUUGAAGUUUUAAAUGUUAUUGUUUUUAUAUUUCUUACCAGCUGACUGUCAUUGUCAUCUGUUGAGCUCAAUUUUACUAUCAUUAUAAUAACCUUUACUUUCUGUAACGAUUUUUGGUUUGUAAUCUUUUACAUGGUAUGUAAUUUUAAAUAAAAUGUGUGUAUUCAUCAACCCAAAA